UACACGUCAUUUCCGGAACACAAAUCCCUUAGUUUCCGGAUGCGCGCGAUUUUUUGAAAGCAACUCGCGGAUUAACGGACAACAGAAAGUGUGUUUAUACAUUAAGAUUAUGACCAUGGCUUCUAUCAAAGAUCCCCAUGUCGUCGACUCGUUCCGAGUGGCGAUGGAGGAGGUCUACAGCCGGCUCCUGGUCCAGACCUCCGGGGAGAUAAGCGAGGCUGCUGUGGAGUUGGGCCUGUCCCACAGACGGUCCAUGAAGUCUGCUGCGGAUACCUGCUCCAAGAAAUGUGAGGACGACAAGCUGUUUGAAACCAUUCAGACAAACAAACAGGACCUGGCUAAGAAGACCCUGCUCAUGAAGGAGAAGAGGGACGCCAUUUCACGAAGCCUGGUGGAGAUGGAGCAGAAACAGGGGCAGAAAGACGCCCUCCGGCUGCAGAUGGAGACGCUGAGAGAGGAGCAGGCGGAGAGGAGGGGCUGUGAGUCACUGGCCUCCAGAGGUAUCCAUUGGUCCAGUGAGGCCAAAAGCUGCAGUUUGUUUUCCAGAAUGUUAACCCUGCAAGUCCUGAAAACGUAUAUACCUUCACCAUGGGGAUUAAUGCAGACGGCUCCUAUCAGAUCAUGUCUAGCGACCCAGUGCUGGAGUCCCUGGGGGAUCUGGACAAGCGGCUCAAACAGACCAAUAACAUCUCCGCCUUCUUGGCCAACAUCAGGAAGGAGUUUGUUGCCCAGGCAUGCUUCUCGACCGGCUCCUAGACCGGCUUCUAGGCUUCGAGAUCGGAAAAAGACGAGUUGGUUCUAAGAUGCAAGUCUGGAACUAAACACGUUUAUGAUCCAGUGAGUCUGGCACCCAGACAGAAGACCUUCUUCAUCUUGUAAAUGGUGAUUUUUUAACUAGAAAACAUCUGAACCAUGGUGUGUGUAUUGUAUGUGUGCGUAUCCUGUUUAUUGUACUCUGCACCUUACCUUGGAACCCAAUAUAUAUGUUUUUGUUAUUUUGUACAAUAUUUGUUUGUUCUUAUAAAUUUGGCUCCUUCUUGGAGCAAGACAAAUGA